AUAUGGGCAUGGCCACCAGAGAAAAUGGAUACCUAUACGUAUUACGAUUUACGAUUUUUCGAUAAACAUUUGAAUAUAAAUUAAUCUCAUGUUAAAUGGUAAUUAUAACAUAAAAACCACUGUAAUUUAUGUGUAACUAUGUCAGAAAGUAUUGAGAUUUAUCAAAACCAGAUAGCUUUGGCCAGAACAGAAAUAAAAAACCUCAGACAGCGUUUAUCGUCGCUGAAACAUGAACACCAGAAGGAAAUAAAACAUAUCAAGUCUACAUUGAGUUCUCUGCGCUGUUCAAACUGUGCAGCUGAAGCUACAACAACAGUGCCACCCACACUCAAUAAUGACCAGGCAUCAGUAUCGCAGAAUGACGAAAUCACAUAUAGACCCAUUGGCUAUAUUGAGACAGCAUUUAGCAAUAAAAGAGGUGUGCCGAGACAGCCCAGCGUAUUGACAUCUGCUAGAGGAGUGGUUGUCAUAGAUCCAAAUGUGUUUAGCAACCCUGAACAUGCUUUGAGUGGUUUGGAUGAAUUUUCUCACAUGUGGAUUAUUUUCCACUUCCAUAUGACGGAGAGCUCGAGUGUGCCGGCCAAAGUGGCGCCGCCACGUUUAGAAGGCGAAAGGCGCGGGGUGUUCUCAACGAGGUCGCCUCACAGGCCGUGUCCUAUUGGAUUGUCGCUGGUUAAACUGCAUAGUAUUGAAGGAAAUAAAGUCUACUUCAACGGAGUGGACAUGGUCAAUGGUACCCCAGUGCUGGAUAUCAAGCCGUACAUCCCGCAGUACGACUACCCGCCGGCCUACGCGACGCCCGUGACGUUGGAGCGCCCGCCCACUGAGGGAAUCAGUGAUGCCACUGACAAUAUCGCCAUUUUGCAAGUUGAUGACGAAUCUUUCUCCAUUACGAGUACAAGUCCAUGCCCCGUGCAGCCAGUGGGAAGGGAGACGAGUAGUCCGCUAGCUCGUUCACCCAUGGGCGAUAACUCACUGCCACAGAACCUGCCGACACCUGUGUCGCCAUUGUCAGAAUCACCGGCAAGUGAGGAUCUCUUGGACGGACCAAUCACAUCGCCGAUGCGACGAGUUGAAUCAGAACGCGGUGCGCCCGACGGCCAAGAAAGAUUCACUCCACCGCAAUCUGCAUUGAAUCUCAACCAGGACGGAAUCCGGGUGGCCUCCUGGGUCACUAAUCCACCCUCAAGGACAUAUCAAGUCACAUUCACAAAUGAUGCUCACGACAGAAUUAAUGAACUGAUAGGAGACAGAUCUCAAUCGUUUAAGGCAAACAUACAGAGUCUUCUAUCGGAAGAUCCGAGAUCUGUUUACGUGAGGACCAGAUAUCCAGACCACGAGUAUAGUUGUGUACUAGAAGAUCUCUCUAUUAGUUGUGUUUUCGAUGAAAAUGCGUGUCUUUGUACGAUCAUGGCAGUGAGAAGUGCCGAAGACUUACAAAAUUGAUAUUCUCCUAGAUAUUAAGUUUUACAACGUGCUUGACUGCCUAAAUAAUUUAUUUUUGCUUCGAUAUUGGUGAUUUUAAUAUGAUUACAAAAACUGUUUGGAAAA